AUGUUUCUUAAGUCGGAUGAGAAUGCUCAAGGGAGGAGUCUUCCUUACAACUAUAUAAGCCAUCCCAUCCCUUUCCAUUUUGACAAAUCAUUAGUUCAUCAAACCAGAAACAACGUAGCCAAAGUCAUAUCCUUAAUUCUCAACAAAAUGACACCUUCAAAACUACUGUUCUUGUGCCUCUCCCUCCUUGCUUGUUUUUCCAAAUGCAGUACUACUUCUCAUGAUAUUUCCAGUACUGCCUAUGCUAAAGGGUCAUCAGCUGGGAUCAAAGGACUGUUUAUUUUUGGAAGCUCUCUGGUUGAUAAUGGCAACAAUAACUUCCUCCAGGACUCCAUGGCUAAGGCUGACUACUUGCCCUAUGGAAUAGAUUUCCCUCUCGGGCCCACGGGAAGGUUUACAAAUGGGAAGAACGUGAUUGACCUUCUGGGCGACCACCUUAAUCUUCCCUCAUUGAUUCCUGCAUUUGCUGACCCCUCUACCAAGGGAAGCAAAAUUGUUCAUGGUGUCAAUUAUGCUUCUGGUGCCUCCGGUAUACUAGAUGAUACUGGCUUAAUUGCGGGCCACGUGAUCAGUCUGAGUCAACAGAUCAGAAACUUUGAGAAGGUGACCUUGCCGGAAUUAGAAGCCCAAUCGGGGAGCAGAAGCAGGGUGGUGCUUCCCAAAUACUUGUUUGUUGUUGGAACAGGGGGAAACGAUUACUCCUUCAACUACUUCCUGAGGAAUCCCAACAGCAACGUCAGUGACCUUGAAGUCUUCACUGCCAACCUGACAGCAUCACUGUCUCGGCAAUUAAAGAAGCUGUUCAACCUGGGGGCUCGAAAGUUUGUGUUAAUGUCGGUAAACCCACUUGGGUGUAGUCCAACGGUGACGUCAAACGGGCUGGCAUGCGUACAAGGGCUGAACCGGGCAGCUCACCUCUUCAACACGCACUUGAAGUCACUGGUGGAUGUUCUCAAGUUAGAGAUGCCUGGUUCUGCUUUUGUUUUUGUGAACUCGUAUAAGAUUAUCAGGGAUAUAAUCAGAAAUCCCAAUUCCAAAGGUUUCAAGGACGCGAGUAGGUCUUGCUGUGAAGUGGCAUCAGUGAAUGAAGGUGGAAAUGGAAUACUGUGCAAAAGGGGUGGGGGAGCGUGUGCGGAGAGGAGCAGCCAUGUGUACUUUGACGGGCUGCAUCCAACGGAAGCUGUGAAUGCCCAGAUAGCAAGCAAGGCCUAUGAAUCUGGUCUGAAAACGGAAGUUUAUCCCACUAAUAUUAAGAAUCUGGUCAAAUCUUGUGUCUUUUGAGGAAUUUUGAUUCACUGUACGUGUUAAUCUUAAUUCCAAAUUUGGCAACUUUUACUAGCUAGGAUGUAGGCUAAUGAAUUUAGGUGGUUCAGUAGUAGCUAGGAAGGCUAGUGAAGAAGUACUGUUUCUUUCCCUUUUAUUGGCUAUAUAUAACAAC